GAGGAGGAGACGAUGAAUUUCAAUCUUAGUACCACGAACUCGUCACGGAUCUCAAGUCUCUCCUUGACACAGACGGCAGGCUCUCUUUCGUGGCUUCAUCUUUCUCAGCAUAACAGCCUCGACCUCUACUUGCUCUCUCUCACUAAGUACUGCGAUGAUAUAUUUGAGUCGAAGCUGGAAGAGCUCAUUAAUCAGUUGAGGGAAGGUGAUGAAGGCUGGAUGAAUGGCUAA